AUGGAUAUUAAGUUCAGUAGUGCUAUUGGUGGGUUUAUCUUGGCUUGUAUUUUAGGUUUGGGUUUGUAUAACUCGUGCAAGAAAAGAGCAACAGGAGGAAAGGCUGAUAUAGACCUUACCAUUCCUAAUGAACUGGGUGAAAAGAUCUCCCUGAAGAAAUUUAGUUAUAAAGAGUUGGCUGGGGCGACGAGGAACUUUUCUGAUGGAGAAUUGCUUGGAGUUGGAAGAUAUGGUGCCUUUUACAAAGGCUGCAUAAAAGAGUGGAACAUACAUGUUGCUGUGAAGAAGAUGUCAAGAUCUGAACUGGUGCUCAAAGAGUAUGCAUCACAAAUAACGAUUAUCAGUCGACUUGCACAUCGGAAUCUGGUGCAACUUCUUGGUUGGUGCCAGCAACAAGGAGAACUCCUACUUGUCUACGAGUUCAUGCCUAACGGAAGCUUAAACAAUUAUUUAUUCAAAGCACAGAUCUCAUUAGUUUGGGAGGUAAGAUACAAAAUUGCUCAAGACCUGGCUUCUGCGUUGCUUUAUUUACACGAACAUUGCGAAGUAUGUGUGCUCCAUCGGGGGAUCACAUCCAGCAACAUUAUGUUGGAUUCGGAUUUCAAUACCAAACUUGGGGAUUUUAGAUUAGCUCGGUAUCCAUGUGAAAAGCACUGGGACACUAUGUUAUUAGCUCCAGAGUAUGCUGCCACACAGACAGUUACCAAGGAAUUUGACGUCUACAGCUUCGGAGUUGUUGCUUUGGAGAUUUCUUGUGGGAGAAAGGCCAUCGAACCAAGGUUGGCAAGUGGUCGAGUCAAUAUAAUUGAGUGGGUUUGGGAGCUUUAUGGAAAAGGGAAGAUCAUCGAAGCAGCUGACCCGAAGUUGUGUGGAAGUUUUGAUGGAAAACAAAUGGAGUGCUUGUUGAUUGUCGGGCUGUGGUGUGCUCAUCCAGAUUACAGUUACAGACCUUCAAUGCAACUAGUGAUCCAAGUGCUUAACUGCGAGGUCGAAGUUCCGUUGCUCAUUCCUCCAUUAAGGACGCCAAUGUCUACCUCUCCUCCUGACAUAUCACUCUCAGCGUCAUCUAGUUCUACCACCAGUUUUCAAGAAAACAGUGGGUCCUCAGGCCAUGGAGAUAUGGAUAACACCAAUUCCUUGGUUCCGGAACGUGUCGUUGAGAGCUUAGACCCUUCGGAACCUGUCACUGUGGCCUUACACCCAGAGUCGAAUAUUGCUACACCCCUGUCAAGGACGCCAAUGACUACCUCACCUGACAUACCACUCUCAGCGUCGUCUAUUUCUACCACCCGUAUUGAGAAUAAAAAAAAGGGUCCUCAAGCCAUGGUUUCCUUGGUCCCUGAAGGUGUCGUUGUGAUCUUAGACCCAGCAGUACUCUCAUCAAGGACGCCAACGACUACCUCUCCUGACAUAUCACUCUCAGCGUUGUCUAGUUCUACCACCAGUUUUCAAGAAAAAAGUGGGUCCUCAGGCCAUGGCGAUAUGGAUAACACCAGUUCGUUGGUCCCGGAAGGUGUUGUUGAGAGCUUAGACCCUUCGGAUUCAGGGUAG